UUGGCAUUAACUUUGGACGCAUUUAUCAAGCCUUCUCUCUCCCACUCUCCGUCCCUUCUUCUCCUUCUUCUUCUUCUUCUCUCUCUCUCUCUCUCUGUCUCCUUCCCUCUCUCUGUUCUUGCUUGAAAUAGUACCGACAUGGCUCCGAGGAAAUGGGGUUUCUCUGCUUGAAAGCUGCUGCUUCACCCCCGUUUUUGACUCUCUUGCUAUAUGUGCGCUAUAGCUUGAAGAAAUUGUAUUUUGUAUCAACUUGAGGGGGUGUCUUUAUGGCUAUGCAAGCACUAUAUCUCAAGGAACAUGAGGGAAUGCUCCAUAAUCCCGCAGCGCAGUUGUCCUCGGUUCCGUCGGCCACGCCUUGGUGGGCCGCUUUUGGGACGCAGUCAUUUCACGGGGAUUCUUUGGGCCAGUCGGACUCUUCACCUGUCGAAAACCCUAGAUGCGGUGACCACCUUGCGCCCGCCAAACAAGCCGGUCCAGGUACGGAGCAAGGUGCGGAUAAGGGAAGCCUGACCCAGUUCACCAUCUUUACAGGUGACCGCAAAAAUUCUGUAGAUACCCAGAAGUCUCAACUAGCUAUCUCCCCUCUACCAGAAUACUGUGCUCGGGUAGAUCUAGGGUAUGGUCAGCAGAUGAUAUGUGCCAAAUAUCCAUAUGGAGAGCAGUGUUUUGGCGUAUUCUCACCUUAUGGGUCGCAAAUAUCGGGCCGGAUGAUGCUUCCUCUGAACUUGUCAGCAGAUGAUGGGCCCAUAUUUGUAAAUGCCAAACAGUACCACGCAAUCAUUAGACGCCGCAAGUUUCGUGCAAAAGCUGUGCUCGAGAAUAAAGUAACAAGAGUCCGGAAGCCGUACAUGCAUGAAUCACGUCAUCGUCAUGCUAUGCGCCGACCUAGGGGUUGCGGUGGCCGUUUCUUGAACGUGAGAAGCUUGGGCAAUGGAAAGGGAGGAGCUGAAGCAAAGAAAGACAGCAGCGGGCAAUUUCCCCAGCCAACUGGUUCUCAGAGUUCUGAGGUCUCACAAUCUGAGAGCGGCACGCUGAGCUUGCCAAAAGAAGCUAAUGGCAGUGCCGGGAAUCUCUCUGGGUCAGAAGUCACUAGCAUGUACUCGAGGGAAGAACUUGAUCGUUUUCCGAUCAAUCACCUCCCACCAUCCGUCUACUCUUUCACCGGCAUGAACGAUACCUCGCAUAGUAUUGUCAUGCCCAGCAAAUGGGUCGCGGCGGUGGACAACCGCCGCAACCUCAAUGUCUGAAAGCGAGGGAAGCGGGGUCCAUGCCCGGCCUCGCUUCCCUUUGCAACCAAGUGGAGAAGUCCCGCUGCAGUUCCCGAUAUGGUUAUUGCAAUUGGGUCUUCGGCUCAAAGGAUUGUCCAGCCGCUAUUUGGUUGCUAUGCGAUAGGCAAAUCAUUCUUGGCUCAUAUGCAUUAAGUUAGUCCCUAGUCACUCUGGUGUACCGGUUGGCUAAAGGUGGCUAAUCUUUAAUGCACCUGUAAAAGAACGUGACUAAGAACCUAGAAUAACAUGGGUUUGUUGACUGUUCCAUGCCCAUGGAACCACGAAGACAGUGGGAAGACUAGUUUGUGUUUGCUGAUGUCCUGUUAAUACUUAAAGCUUGUUGGUGUCGAACUCCUUGGUGCUUACCGUGUGGAUUUUGAACUAUUUGAAGUGAUGUAUUGUAAUUUUUGGAGU